CGGUGGCGCAGCGGUGAGCGACUCCGCGAAGUCGGCGACUUCACAACCGCGAUCUUCAAUGCUGGCAAGGAAUCCGAUGAGCUGCAAAGUUAUUUUACACAAAUCUCCGGUUUAGUUGCAACGACAAACAAUCCCCAAAGAAAAAAAAACCCGAUAGGAGUGCAAAGUAUAUAAAAGUAUCCGCUCACUCUUCUCGCGAGAGAAUGACUCGGAGGUGCAAGGAAUCAAAGACAAGCGGGAACACAGCCCUGUGGGCUGUGCCCGUGAUUGACGGUAAAGUCACGAUGACGACACCACCACAGCGGCUGCGUGUGGCCGUGGUGGGAGCCGGUGCGGCGGGCCUGUGCACCGCUCGCCACAUCUUGGAUAGCCCUGCUGACUUCGUGGCGCCGGUUGUGUUUGAGAUGGACUCCGUGGUGGGAGGGACCUGGGUUUACAAGGAACUGCCGCCUGAAUCCGACGCAAGUUGCCCUGUCUUCUCGAGCCUCUACCGUGACCUCAGGACAAAUCUGCCCAAGGAGGUGAUAGCCUUUCCCGACUUCCCAUUUGACAAGAAUCUGCCGUCCUUUAUACACCACAGCGACAUGCGAGCCUACCUGGAUCAGUACGCCGACCACUUCAGCAUUCAGCCACACGUGAAGUUCCAGUGGCGGGUGGAGCUGGUGCAGCCGGUGCCGGGACCAGCUGGCACAGAGGACAGCGUGGCCUGGGACGUGACAGCCUGCAGCCUGACCGAUGGGCACCGCACCACGCAGCGCUACGACGCAGUCAUGGUGUGCAACGGCCACUAUUCUGAACCGCACGUGCCAGAUAUUCCCGGCGUCAGUCUCUUCCGUGGUGAGAUCCUCCACAGCCACGACUACCGCAGCGCCGAGCGCUUUGCGGGCCGGCGCGUGGCGCUGCUCGGCGCCGGUGCCUCUGGCCAGGACAUUGCCGUAGAGCUGUCCGGCAUGGCGAGCUAUGUCCUGCUCUGCCACCGCGGCGCCAAGCCGCUCCCCUCCGCACUGCCACCCAACGUUCAGCAGGCACCCACCGUGCUGGCGCUGACGGAGAGCGGCGUGGCGUUGGCCGACGGCACGGAGCACGCGGUUGACGCGUUCGUGUUCUGCACGGGCUAUCGCUACUCCUUCCCCUUCCUGGCGGAGGAGGCGGGGGUCUGCACGGGCGACGACGAGCGAACGGUGGUGCCGCUCUACCGACACCUUGUCCACGUGGCCAUGCCGACAAUGUUCUUCAUCGGGUUGUGCAAGGUGGUCGUCCCCUUCCCACUGUUCGACUGCCAGGUGCGUUUCUCGCUGGCGACGCUGGUGGGCCGCGCGUCCCUCCCGUCACGCGGCGAGAUGGAGGAGGAGGCACGGCGCGAGCGAGAGCAACGCCGUGCGGCGGGGGUCCCCGAGCGGCGCGAGCUCAUGCUGGGGGAGCGGCAGUGGGGGUACAUGGCGGAGCUGGCGCGGUUAGCCGGCGCCCCCCACAUGGCGCCUUGCGUGCGUGAGAUCUACGACGACGUGGCGAAGCGGCGUUCACUCGACCUGCUUGCGUACCGCAGCGUUAACUACGAGGUGACUGGGCCAGAGUGCUGGUGCUUGCUGCCUGGUGAUGGCGGCAGAUGAGAUGGUGCAAAAGGCAAUAGUGGAAGAUAAGAGGGUGGCAGAGGAGGUGGGAGAGGAGAUGGCAGGAGAGGAGAUGGUGAGACAGGCAGUGAUGGGAGAUUUACGGAUGUUGAUGCUGGUCGAUGAUUAAUUAAUCUAUGUGAGGAGAUAUGGCGAAUGUGUGUUCUGCACUUCACGUGCACAGCCUUGGAGUUUUUUGACAAUAAUAACACGUUGAAGCCUUUUGUGAAUUCAUUCUAUUGCUGAUGAAGGACUCUCCACAACUGGUACAACGUUGCAGUUGUGUGACCAUACUUCAUCAUGCUGGUCAGUGUGGUUUGUUGAAAUAAUAAUGUAUUUGUUGGAGCGCCGCUUGGUCACUACCAUUGAUCAGAUUGAAUGUGAUGCGUGCUCUUUGUCCCAUGGCACUGGCUUUUGAGAAGAAGGGCUUCUUACCCGGGGGGUUCAUUGGUCCCCUCAGGGCAGAGGUCGCAAACGGGUUUUGAUUCCUUACCCGUACCCGGCCGCACCAGGGUCGCAAAUGGGUAACCGUACCCUACCCGAUACCCGGCCGGGUACGGGUAGCCGGGUAUCGGGUAGGGUACGGGUAUCGGGUACCCGAUUUCGACCUCUGGGAUGAAGCCAUGUUGCAGGCGCGGGUGGGUUGAUUCUAGGAACUUGAAUUGUGAGAAGAAACAAGACGUUGGGAAAUGAGUGACAAACGGUUACUCACCAGUGACUCACGGCCUUCUCACUCAUUGGUUGGGGUGAGUUACGUGCGGCUACCUGUACCCGUACCCGGCCGCACCAGGGUCGCAAACGGGUACCCGUACCCGUACGGGUAGCCGGGUAUCAGGUAGGGUACGGGUAUCAGGUACCGUAUUGCGACCUCUGCCUCAGGGGUCCUGGGGCAUCCUUGGGGUGAGAAGGAGGUGGGGGUCUACAUCAAGGUAGGGGCCUCAGAGGGGGCAACAAAGUGUUGAGGCAUUUCCAGCUGAAUCUGCACCCAAGGAGCUUUACAGUUGUCACUUUAACCCUCUCGUCUGUGAUUAAAAUCAAGUGAUGUUUGUUUGUUUAUUUGUGAUUUAUAUAUAAUUAAAAAAAUUCUGAUGACGUCUAUUACAGUCGAGACGGAGCUUCCCACCGGCGGUCAGCUGGAUAAUCGGUAGGGCCAGGGCAUCCGUGGCUACCACUCGAGGUGCUAAAUAUUUAGCGAUGCCAGUUUCUUCCGAAAGUGGCUCAUACGAGUGCUUAUUAUUUUACUAUUUUUGCUGAUUAAAGAUUGUUUCGUAAUUUAAAUAUUUCACUUAACAAUGCAAUGCAGGCAGGAACUAUCGUUUGCAAGAGUGUCAAAUGGUCUUGGAACCACUGGCGUUUGCCCAUCUCAAGUGGCAUCAACCCAGAUUUGGUUGGAACUGGACUCUCUGCUUCACCCAGGAGCCAAAUUGUCCACUGCCAGGUCGUCACACCGAGUAGAUGGCAGCCCUUUCGAGAGAGAACCGCCAUGCACCAGGAGAUUUGGGGAAUGCAUCACCAUGGAUGAAAUGACAACACAGAGCGCGGUCCACCGCAGUGGACAGGGCGGAUGCACAAUGGGGUUAAUGGUGGUCCGUGAGAUUGUGGGGGCGGUGGCUGAGAACUCUGACCCAAGGGGUAGUAGAGACCGCCUGCUUAGCUCGAUGGAUCACGUAUUGGUUGUUGCUCAGUGUGGACUCGCUGUGGCUCGAGGUGCUUCACAGGGGGGAGCGAUUGAAAGUUGGGGGUGGUUGGUGGGUGAAGUGCACAGUAACACGGCUGCAGAGACUGCUGAACCUGCAGCCACGGGUGAUGGUGCCACUGCUCUUGCAAUGCUGGUACUUCUUGCUGCUCCGACCAGGACAAUCGCAUUUUUCAAAGUGACCUGAGUCACCAAACGUGACUAUAGCAGAACAAAUUACUGUACAGCAAUUAAGUAAACCGCAACUAUAACAAAAAUAACUUACGUGAGAAUGUACACACAUAAACCAAUACAUCAAAUAUAUUAAAGUCUCUGCAGUGCAAA